GCGUUUUUAUAUUUUUGUUAUAAAAUCUGCAGCUGUGUAUUUUCUGUCCUCUUGCCAGGGGUUUUUGCGCGUACUACCCUGAUUAAAAACCCAAUAUUCCGGCAAAAUGGCACGUUACGUCGGUCUCGACAAGCUGGGAAAACUGUUCUCCUACGUGCGCGAUAAUGGUGGAAUCCGUGCCAGUUUGUACAAAUUGUAUCGCAUGGACGAGAUGAAAGCUGGUCGAUUGGUCGGGGAGGACAAGUACGGCAACAAAUACUUCGAGGAUCCUUCGCAGUUCUACGGUCGCAACCGGUGGGUAGAAUAUGCGCCGCACUUCAAUUUAGAAUACGACGGUUCCCAGAUUCCGGCCGAUUGGUUCGGUUGGAUGCAUUACAAGACGGACUUACCACCAAAUCGUGAUGGCAACCGAAAGCAGUACAAAUGGAUGGCUGAUCAUAGCGAAAAUCUUUCCGGAACCACGAGGGCAUACAUGCCUUAUUCAACCACCAAACCGAAGGUCGAUGCUUGGGAUCCUUCUAAACCAACGCCGAAGCUGGAAUGAAAUUCAGGCUUUAUUUCCUAAUUGAAUUGGUAUCUUGAAUGUUUGAAAAUAGAACCGCCUGUUAGGUAUAAAAUUCUGUAAAA